AUGGCGGUCUUGGCAUUUGCAGGCACAGCGAAGAAUUUGACGCUCGGAAAUCUACUGGUGGCGUUGGAGGAUGGAAUCAUUCAUCCACAACAAUGCCAAUGCCAAUGCCCACCGCCUCUCUGCAACUCCAACUCCAAAUCCUCCUCCUCUUCAGACUUCAUUCUCCUCUCCCUCUUCAUCUCCUCCUCCCCCUUCCCCACUGCCCCUCCCCCUUCCUCUUCCUUUCCAACUCUCGCCUUCUCAUACUCUUCCUCAUCAACUACCACCUCCGUCAUCCACUACCUCGGCUUCCAACUACUCUCCACCGCCGUCCCCGCCGCCAACCUCUCCUCCACCCCCAUCACCAUCUUCGUCCCCUCUGACUCCUCCCUCCUCACCUGUCCUUCUUGCUCCCUUCCUCUCCUCCUCCGCCAGUACUCCGUUCCCGGCCUCUACACUCUCUGCUUUCUCCGCAACUUGGCCUUUGGCACCAAGAUCGAAACCCUAGCCCCCAACUACUGCCUCACCAUCACCACCGCCACCAAUGCCUCAUCUCCCCAUGCUGCAGCUGCGGUCUUCGUCAACGGAGUUGAGAUCACCGGUCCCGACCUCUUCAACAACGGCGUCCUCAUUAUCCAUGGUCUCGACGGCUUCGUCUCUCACCUCUCUACCCUGUCUUGCGACAUCGACCAAACGACCACCCUCUCAUUCCCUCAGCCCUCGUCGCCUCACUUGUCCGUCAUACGCCCCAUGCUGAAGGACGCCAUCCUCCGACUGCGGGUAAGAGGCUAUGGUGUCCUGGCUCUCGCUCUGAGGAUGAAGUUCAAACAGCUGUCCGAGCUCAAGGCCAUGACGGUGUUCGCUCUGGAUGACGUCUCCGUCUUCUCCGGGGGAGGCCAUGCCACCUUCCUCUCCGACUUCUGGUUCCACGUGGCCCCCCAACAGGCGGAUAAUGGCUGCGGAACUGGUGACAAUGCUGCCGGGGAAUUUGCUGCCGACUAUGGAAAUUGGACAGAAUCUGAUGGUGACGACGGCGGGGGGAGGAGGGUUGUUGGCCCCCAUGAAGAUCAACUACGUCAGGAUCAGUAG